CGCGUGAACUCGCCACUGGCACUUAAUAAUUGUGUUUUCGUAUUGCUUCCAGUGGAUUGCUUUUUUUUUAUUAUAUUUUCACCGGGCUCACCAUAUCAAGCGUUAACGUAGAAAAUGGCAGACACAAAAGUAGAUACCAGUUCGGACCUUUCCGCCAAGGAACUGAAAGAGAAGAAACUUGUGGAAGAGACGGAAAAUGGAAAAGAGGCACCUGCCAAUGGAAAGGCAGAGAAUGAGGAGAAUGGGGAGCCUGAAGUGGAUGAUGAAGAUGAUGAUGAUGAAGUAGGAGAAGAGGAGGAUGAGGAAGAUGAUGGAGAUGGUGAUGAAGACGAUGAUGAAGAUGAAAUUGAGUGUGGCACGAAGCGGGCAGCCGAGGAUGAUGAAGAGGAUGAUGAGGACGACGUCGAAACCAAGAAGCAGAAAACUGACGACGACGAUUAAGGAGUUCCCCCAACAACCUGGCAACCCUCAGCGCCACCCGUCAGCCUGUCCCUUGGGUCCAGUGGUGUGUGGCGAGGGGGGGGGGCAAGAAACAUGGUCAUCUUAAGUAGAGUUCAACGACCGAAUUCACCCACCCAACUGCAAAUUUUUUAAAAACCAACCAAGACUUCAAGGCUAUAAGCUCUCGACUAAAUACUUUAAAAGAAUUUCUUUGUAUUUUUAUUUACAUUUUAUAUUUUUGUACAUAUUGUUAGGAGGUCAGCCAUUUUUGACAUUGAUCUCUGGUGACCAAACGGUGCUUUGAAGUUGAUGCUUCUCUAGAAAUGAAUUAUACUUGUCUGACCAUGUCAUUAUCUCAACUGAAACCUGUAUAAAAUCAAAGGCCGUUGAAUUCAGAGCAUUCCAGUAAAUUUGUUGUAUGUACUUUAGUUGUACCAUAAGUAGUUGGUUUGUAUGGGAUGGCAAGGCCAAAGAAAAGGGUUUUUCUUUUCUUUUUUUGUCUACGAAAUUGUUUAUUGUGGCCUGUUUGUAUGUGUGAAGUUUGUUGUCCAACAAUAAACCGGAAUUUUAUUUUGUGAGUUCCAUUUUUUUCCCCCCUUAUUGAUAAAAUUGACUGUUUUAAAUAAAGAGAAAACAAAUAGUUAUACCUCCUAUUAAAAUGGACUUUUGAAUA